AUGCGGAUCUCGGCGCCUGCAAACCUCAGCCAAGAAAGAUUUACUGAACUCAUCGAACAGUUCCUGAAAGGCCAGCUGCUUGGUCUGGAUCCUGCGAACGUUCGCUCUAACCACAACCACCAACGCUCCAACAAUAACUACCACAGCUGCAACGACAACCACCAACGCUCCAACAACAACCACCACAGCUGCAACGACAACCACCAACACUCCAACAACAACCACCACAGCUGCAACGACAACCACCAACGCUCCAACAACAACCACCACAGCUGCAACGACAACCACCAACGCUCCAACAAUAACUACCAACGCUCCAACAAUAACUACCACAGCUCUAACCACAACCACCAACGCUCCAACAAUAACUACCACAGCUGCAACGACAACCACCACAGCUCCAACAAUAACUACCACAGCUCCAACAACAACUACCACAGCUCCAACAAUAACUACCACAGCUCCAACAACAACCACCAACGCUCCAACAAUAACUACCACAGCUCCAACAAUAACUACCACAGCUCCAACAACAACCACCAACGCUCCAACAACAACCACCAACGCUCCAACAACAACCACCAACGCUCCAACAAUAACUACCACAGCUCCAACAAUAACUACCACAGCUGCAACAAUAACUACCACAGCUCUAACCACAACCACCAACGCUCCAACAAUAACUACCACAGCUGCAACGACAACCACCACAGCUCCAACAAUAACUACCACAGCUCCAACAACAACUACCACAGCUGCAACAAUAACUACCACAGCUCUAACCACAACCACCAACGCUCCAACAAUAACUACCACAGCUGCAACGACAACCACCACAGCUCCAACAAUAACUACCACAGCUCCAACAACAACUACCACAGCUCCAACAAUAACUACCACAGCUCCAACAACAACCACCAACGCUCCAACAAUAACUACCACAGCUCCAACAAUAACAACCACACAGUCCAACAACAACCAACAACAACCACCAACGCUCCAACAACAACCACCAACGCUCCAACAACAACCACCAACGCUCCAACAAUAACCACCACUCCGACCACAGUCACCAACACCACCUUUCCGACCGCAGUCGCCAACACCACCUUUCCGACCGCAGUCGCCAACACCACCUUUCCGACCACAGUCGCCAACACCACCUUUCCGACCGCAGUCGCCAACACCACCUUUCUGACCACAGUCGCCAACACCACCACUCCGACCACAAACGUCACAACGCCUCCAACCUCAGGGGAGAAGGUUUUUGCUCAUGUUCAGAUGCGGCUCUUGGCGCCUGCAAACUUCAGCCAAGAAAGAAUUACGGAACUCAUCAAACAGUUCCUGAAAGGCCAGCUGCCCGGUCUGGAUCCUGCGGUCAGCGUCACAGCCUUUCAGAAAGUAACAGCUUGA